AUGGCGCCACCAGUUUUGCGUCCUGAGAAUGCUCUCAAAAGAGCUGAAGAGCUGAUUUCGGUUGGCGAGCCUUUAGCAGCGCUUCAAUCGCUCUAUUCGUAUCUUUCGAUGAGAAGAAUCCGUUUUGCUCAACCUCAGGCUCUAGAACCAAUUGUGUUCAAGUUUCUCGAACUCGGUGUGAACCAGAAGAAGGGGAAGAUCAUCAAGGAUGGUUUACAUCAGUACAAGAAGAACAUGCAGAUCAGCCCUGAGGGUUUGAGCUCCGUUGGUGUGGUUUCUCGUAAAUUUAUCGACCUUAUCGAGGCCAAAAUGGCCGAGGAACAGAGCAAGGCUGACGAAUUGGAGGAGAAUGAUGCUGAUGAUGAUCUUGAAGGUGGUGUUACCCCGGAGAAUUUGCUAAUUUCAGCUGCUGAGGAAGAACAAUCGGUGGCCGGUUUCAAUGAUGAGGCCCUAACCUCGUGGUUGAGGUUCACUUGGGAGUCCUACCGUGCCGUUCUAGACCUUGUCAGAAAUAACUCACAAUUAGAGCUCACAUAUUCUGGUGUUGUGAACAGAACUAUGAAUUUCUGUCUGAAAUACAACCGUAAGAACGAAUUCAAGAGACUAGCUGAAAUGCUGCGUCAACAUUUAGACUCUGCUAACUAUCAGCACAAGAACAGCAGCUACACUGUUGAUUUGUCUGAUGCGAGCACUUUACAAAGAUAUUUGGAUCAGCGUUUCCAGCAAGUAAACGUUUCUGUCAAGUUGGAAUUGUGGCAUGAAGCUUUCAGAUCGAUUGAGGACGUUCACCAUCUCAUGGCUAUUUCUAAGCGUUCUGCCAAGCCCCCUGUGUUGGCAAAUUACUAUGAAAACUUGGCUAAGAUCUUCUUUGUUUCUGGUAACUUUUUGUUAAACGCUGCUGCUUGGGAGAAAUUCUACAAACUCUACCUGACCAACCCCAAGGCCACUAAGGAGGACUUUCAUUUCUAUGCUUCGACAUUCAUGCUUGCAAGUUUGGCCAUUCCUGCCGAUGAACUACCAGUAGUAGGCUUCGAUCCGUUGAUUCGUCUAUGCAACUUGUUGAGUUUAGAAAGCAAACCCAGCAGAAAGCAACUGAUUGAUGCUGCCACUGAAGAGUCUGUAUUUGCAGAAGUUGACGAUGAAGUCAAGCAGUUGUACUCUAUUCUGGAUGAAAAAUUUGACCUACAAACUAUCAAAAGCGAGUUCUCUAAGCUUCUACCAUCUUUGGAGGCCAAGCCUUACUUCCAGCAAUAUGUCACUCCCUUGAGAAAUGUCAUCAUCAGAAAGUUGAUUGUGGGCAUCUCCGAAGCUUACGAAACCAUCAAGUUUGAAGAGUUAGUUGCUUUAGUUACUUUGCCUGGCCCCUUCGAAUUGACUGCUUUGCAGAUUGAGAAGUUCUUGAUGCAAGCUGCAAUGGAGGAUUACGUUACUUUCACCAUUGACCAAGAAAGUGGACUAGUCGCUUUCAGUAAGGAUCCAUUUGAAACUUUGACCGCUGCUGGUAGCGUGACUUCACCUACUGCUGAAGAGGAGGAAGAGGAGGAAGACGUCGAAGAGGCGGUUGAGACUCCAGAAGGGGAAGACACCGAGGUUGAAAACGAACCAGAGCCAGUGGUAACGCGUAACUCUGCCAUUCGCGCACACUUGAGCGAUUUGGCUAAACUUUUGAAGGAAGUCGAAGGUUUCUCGACCGGGUCUUACAUGUUCAAGGUGAAGGUUGCCCGUGAAAACUUGAUUCAACAAUCUAACGAAACGAUUGCUCGUGAGAGAAAGGCUGCGGAAGAAAGAGCCAAACAAAUCGAGGAAAGAAAGCGGGCCGAGUCUGGUAAGUAUAUGACAGCCGAGCAAGCCACUGAAGAUCGGAUGAGACGUAUGAUGGAAGAAAAGGUUGCUGCUGACACCAGAAUGGAAAGCGAGGCUAAACGCCGUGCCGAAGAAAAGUUGGAACGUGAGAAGGCCAUGGUGAGAGAGGCGGAAAUGGUGAAAUUGAUCACUGAAGUGAACGCAAAGGGUAUUAUUCAUAUCGACCUAAAGGAAGCGAAGACCUUGACUGCAGAACAUGUUAGAAGGAUGACAAUCGAGCAGCUAUCCAAGGACAAGAAAGACUUGGAAGAUCGCAUGAAACACGCAUUUAAGAAGAUGGAUCACACUGAAAGAGCUUUGAGAAAGGUUGAACUACCUGCUUUGGAAAAAGACGCAGAAAAACAGGAGGCUAGGGAUCUAGAGGCUUACAACAAGGUCAAGACAAAAUUGACAGAAGCCGCAAGAAGGGAGCACUCUGAGAACGUAAAGCUUCACGAACGUCUAUCUAAGAUCAACAGCGACUACAAAUCUUACAGAGAUAACAUCCUCUCCACAAGAGAAGCUCACUUGGCUAAGGUUCGGGCAGAGAAUUUGGCUAAUUUCGAGGCCGCCAAGAAAGCCCGUAUUGACGAAGUUCGCCAACAACGUUACGAGAAACUUGUCGAAGAAAGGAAGGCCGAGAUCAAGGCCAGAGAAGAAUCUGCUCGUCUCACCAAGGAACGUGAAGAGCGUGCCAGGAUUAACAAAGAAAAAGACGAGUUGUACCUCAGACAAAGAGAAAGGGAAGAGGCAAUUGAGAGGCAACUUGCAGGUCAAAGGUCUGCUCCUCCGUCUGCAUCGCCAGCAGCAGAACCGGCUGUUCCAACUGCACAGCUUUCUUUCGCUGAGAAGAUGAGACUGAGAAGACAAGGUAUCCAAGUUCCCGAUGAGGCACCCGCCAAGGGGGCUCCAGCUCCAGCUCCAGCUCCAGCUCCAGCUCCAGCUCAAGCUCCAGCCUCAGCCCCAGCUCCAGCUCCAACCUCAGCUCCAAUUGCUGAAACUGCACCAGCCCCACAGAAGGAGUUGUCAUUUGCCGAGAAGAUGAGAUUGAAGAGAGCUCAAAGACAAUGA